AUGCGUGCACAGCUGUCGCCCACGACCUUUUUGGGCGUGUGUUGCGCCUGCCUCACUUUUGGAGGACACAGCGCCAGUCCCGAGUGCCCAGGGGAGUUUGACAUGCUUGGUUACGGCAAAGUGCAGCUCGUUCCCACUGGAUGGGUUGGCAGCAAUUUUGUCCCUGUGGACGUGGCCAGAGGAGGUACGUUGGUCGCUCACAUGGAUGCUCGUGCUUACUUCGCCGACGAGUGCACGGCGGGGAAGUACGACAACAAGCAGUACCUUGCCCUCGAUCUCCUGGGGAAGGUGCUGAGCUACAGCGUUGACCUCUCAGGAGCGGGUUGCGGCUGCAACGCGGCGUUCUACCUCACCUCCAUGCGCCAGAACGCGGCACCGUCGCAGUGCUCCGAUCACUACUGUGACGCCAACAACGUCUGCGGCGAGUCCUGCGCCGAGAUCGACGUCCAGGAGGCCAACCAGCUGGCCUGGCACUCCACGCUCCACACCGCGACCGACGCGAGCGGGGUGGGCGGGGGCUACGGCGGGGGCGACAGCUGGACGGGCCCGAGGGACUGGGGCUCCGCAGAGUAUGGCGCAGGCGCCAGGUGCGUAGACACGGCGCGCCCCUUCCAGGUGGAGGCCGCGUUCCCCGUGGACGACAAAGGCUCGCUCGUGGCCAUGGAGGUGACGCUGUCCCAGCAGGGCAAGCCGUGCAACGUGUCCGUGCGCCUUGGCUCGUACGACGGCAUGGCCGAGCUCUCGCGCGCCCUCGAGGCCGGCAUGACGCCCAUCGUGAGCUACUGGAGCGCGAACGACAUGCUGUGGAUGGACGGCAAGGGCGCCGACGGACAGGGCCCGUGCGCCGUGGACGACGUCAAGGCGUGCAGUGAGACGGUCACGUUCCACAACUUCUCCGUGGCCCCCAUCGCGGUCCCCCCGCCGCGGGUCAUGCAUUCGCAGAGCAAUGCUUCUUCGGGGCCCGUGGCGUCGACGGCGGCGGCGCCGAAGGCGCGCGCGGCCGUCGCUUGCCCCGGCGAGUUCGACAUGCCAGGCUACGGGUCGGUGCAGCUCGUCCCGACCGGCUGGGCUGACCCGGAGGGCCUCAAGCCCGUGGACGUGACCGGGCGUGGGGAGCUCGUGGCGCGCAUGGACGGGCGCGCCUACUUCGCCGACGAGUGCACGGCGGGGAAGUACGACAACAAGCAGUACCUUGCCCUCGAUCUCCUGGGGAAGGUGCUGAGCUACAGCGUUGACCUCUCAGGAGCGGGUUGCGGCUGCAACGCGGCGUUUUACCUCACCUCCAUGCGCCAGAACGCGGCACCGUCGCAGUGCUCCGAUCACUACUGUGACGCCAACAACGUCUGCGGCGAGUCCUGCGCCGAGAUCGACGUCCAGGAGGCCAACCAGCUGGCCUGGCACUCCACGCUCCACACCGCGACCGACGCGAGCGGGGUGGGCGGGGGCUACGGCGGGGGCGACAGCUGGACGGGCCCGAGGGACUGGGGCUCCGCAGAGUAUGGCGCAGGCGCCAGGUGCGUAGACACGGCGCGCCCCUUCCAGGUGGAGGCCGCGUUCCCCGUGGACGGCAAAGGCUCGCUCGUGGCCAUGGAGGUGACGCUGUCCCAGCAGGGCAAGCCGUGCAACGUGUCCGUGCGCCUUGGCUCGUACGACGGCAUGGCCGAGCUCUCGCGCGCCCUCGAGGCCGGCAUGACGCCCAUCGUGAGCUACUGGAGCGCGAACGACAUGCUGUGGAUGGACGGCAAGGGCGCCGACGGACAGGGCCCGUGCGCCGUGGACGACGUCAAGGCGUGCAGUGAGACGGUCACGUUCCACAACUUCUCCGUGGCCCCCAUCAGCGUUGAGCCCGCAACAAUCGUCGGCGCCGAGCCGACCCCUGCUGGCACGGGUGGAGGCUCCUCAGACGACCGCUCCGAGUGUGCAGAGACAUACGAUGAGAAUUGUGCAAGCGUGCAGUGUUGCAAGUCGGCAGGCAUGCAGUGCUACGUCAAGAACGAGUGGUGGGCGGCGUGCAAGGAAGCUUGCGUGCCAGGCUCCAGGGACGACAGGGACCCGGAGUGGGCCAGGGAUCCCUGGAGCUGUGCGGCCCUCGGGCUCCGCGCGCCCGCGGCCAGCAGCGGCGCGAGCGGCAGCAAUGCCUCGAGCAGCCGCCAGCGCGGCGAAAAGACACUGGCCAGAGGCAAGGUCGUGGUCAAAGCCUGGGCAGAAGAUUUGUUGCCCGAGUUGGAAUCGGGCAGCGAGGUCACGCUGCUCGUCGGUGGCCACGAAGUCCAGGCGGAGGUCCUGGUCACGGGUCCUGCGGUCUCAGUCAGGCACGCCCUCGUGGAGUAG